GAGCUUCAUAGUAUGGAAAAAAUUCCAGAAGGACCGGGGCUUAUAGUUUAUUACCAUGGAGCCCUUCCUAUAGACUACUGCUACUUUAUCUGUAAUCUUUAUAUACAGACGGGAAGACUCUGUAACUCAGUAGCUGAUCACUUAUUUUCUAAGUUACCAGGGAAACCCUUAUUGGAUUUGGAAGGCCUGUUGCACAGUGGAAGAGACGAAAGUGUUGAAAUUCUGAAGAAAGGCAACUUAUUGAGUGUCACACCAGGCGGAGUUCGAGAAGCAUUCUGUAGUGAUGAAAACUACAACAUCCUGUGGGGUAAUCGCAAAGGCUUUGCUCAAGUGGCCAUAGAUGCAAAAGUGCCCAUCAUCCCUUUGUUUACACAUAAUAUUCAGGAAGGAUGUCGGACACUUGGAAAAAUAGGGUUUUUUAGGUGGUUCUAUGAAUGUUCUCGAUUGCCACUCAUUCCUGUAUAUGGAGGGUUCCCAGUCAAACUUCGCACAUAUGUUGGUGAUCCCAUUCCAUAUGAUCCAAAUAUAACAGCUACGGAACUAGUUGAAAAGACAAAGAUUGCCCUUGAAACGCUAAGAGACAGACACCAAAAACUACCAGGAAGUAUACUAAGAGCUCUGUUGGAACAAUUUGAUAAACAUCAGAAAGAAGACUAG